UAGCAUGCAUGCAUAAUGCAGUUGCGUGAACUAAUUUAUUCACCUAAUCGAUGGGAAUAAUUCUCUAACCGCCUCUCUCUAUAACUAAUUCUCCAACGUCUACGAUAUUACUGUACCUUAUACGUAAUGUUGCGAGAGAGAGAGAGAGAGAGAGAGAGAGAGAGAGAGAGAGAAUAUUACUGUGCAUGGAAUCGUUCUUCUUCACGCCCUAAAGAUAUUCCAUUGAUGAUAACUGCAUGCACAGUUAAGUCUCCAUGCGUAAAUCUUUUCUCUGUCUUUUUCUCAUCUUUCUCCCUAGAUCGCCACAUAUCUUCCUGAUCGAUCUUCGAUCCUGCAUGCAUGGCCUGAUCAUCUGUGUACCGCGUCCGUGCGUGCAAAGCAGUACUGUUGACGUUCUAUACAUAUAUAUUUGAUAUAUAUAUAUAUGUGUGUGUAUAUGUAUAUUUCUGAUCUUUGAUCUCCCGGAGCAGAAAAUUAAUUAAACCAUGGUUGCACGCGGCAUAUUCCUACCCAUUAAACCUCCACAGGCAGGGAAAGUACACCCAUGUAGCAUCAAUGAAAACGACCCUCGGCUUCAAAGCUCGCCACCCGAAGGUACUCCUAACGUCAGCAUCGGCAAAUACGCUCUAUCCCUAGUUGCCAUGCUGGUUUCCUUUAUGACCCUUUGCGGGAUUAUCUCUACCUUUGCGUGGUUCACCUUCAAAUCAAAAGAUCCUACGCUUAGUAUCGACGCGCUAUCUUUACCUACAUUCGACACCUCCAACUCCACGUUGACAGCCACUUACGACGUCUGCCUCACCUUUCAUAACCCGAACGAUGUCUUGAAACUUGAUUUCGAGGAAAUGGAGGUCUUUGUCUUCUACAAAAGACACUAUGCUUUCGCGGGUUCAACGAUGGAGUCUUUCGGCAUGGACGCGAAGGAAACAAAGUCCCUGAAUGCAACGCUUGGGAAGAUUGGAGCGCACUGGACCUGGGAGGAAUCGGUGCUUGAAGAGAUUAGAGGGGAUAGAAAGAAAGGGACGGUGGGGUUCGAUUUCCUAAUAAGAGAAACAGUAAUUUUCAAGGGUCCAUGGUGGUUGUGGUGGAAAGGGAAGGAAACAAUGGCACACUAUUGUUCGAAUUUGGAGGUCCGGUUCGUGAAUGCCACAGAUGUCGGAAGGUUGAUCAGAAAACGUGGGCACAGUGCUCCCAAGUGCCACGAAGUCUGUAUGUCAUGUAGAGAUCAGAUAUUGUAGCGAUGAUCACAAUCAUCAUCAUCAUCAUGUGACGGACGACGCGCGCGCGGUAUAUAUAUAUAGCCCUUCCAAAGAAAGAAGAGAUCGAAUAUUUGCAAUACAUGGUGGCUUUCUAGCUGUGCAUGCAGGUUAUAUAUUGAUGAUCAGAUCAUUAUCAUCAAUCAUCAUGUUUAUAACCCGUUAUUCCUUUCAUAUUUUGAUCAUCAUCUGUCGAGAAAAUAUAUAACAUUGAUGAUCAGUAGAAUUGAAAAUACAA